AUGCGUGAAAUUGGCAACCAAAUUGGUAGCGCAUUUUGGCAGACCAUCGCGGGAGAGCAUGGCAUCGACAGUUCCGGCAUCUAUAAUGGCACGUCAGACCUCCAGCUAGAACGUAUGAAUGUAUAUUUUGAUCAGGCGAGCGAGAAAAAGUUUGUCCCUCGCGCCGUCCUCGUCGACCUGGAACCAGGCACCAUGGAUGCGAUCCGCAGCGGUCCCUUCGGCCGGCUUUUCCGUCCUGAUAACUUCAUCUUUGCGCAGGCUGGAGCCGGAAAUAACUGGGCCAAGGGCCACUACACGGAGGGCGCUGAGCUGGUGGAGCAGGUUGUCGAUGUCGUGCGCCGCGAGGCCGAGGCCUGCGAUUGCCUGCAAGGCUUCCAGAUCACACACUCGCUGGGUGGCGGUACGGGCUCGGGCUUUGGGACUCUGCUGCUCGCCAAAAUACGCGAGGAGUUCCCGGAUCGCAUGAUGGCAACCUUCUCGGUCCUACCCUCGCCAAAGGUGUCGGAUGUUGUGGUGGAGCCCUACAACGCCAUGCUGUCUGUGCACCAGCUCGUCGAGCACUCGGAUUCCACUUUCUGCAUUGACAACGAUGCGUUGUAUGAUAUUUGCAUGCGGACUCUCAAGAUUCCACAGCCGUCCUAUGGGGAUCUCAAUCACCUUGUAUCGGCGGUCAUGUCAGGCAUCACAACAUGUCUCCGUUUUCCGGGCCAGCUCAAUUCGGACCUUCGCAAACUAGCAGUGAACAUGGUACCAUUUCCACGACUUCACUUCUUCAUGGUGGGCUUUGCGCCACUUACCAGUCGUGGCGCCCAUGCUUUUCGGGCCAUCAAUGUGCCUGAACUGACGCAGCAGCUCUUCGAGGCCCGGAAUGUCAUGGCUGGCGCCGAUUUUCGAAUUGGUCGCUAUCUGACCUGUUCUACCAUCUUUCGCGGUCAAAUAUCGAUGAAACAGGUGGAAGAACAGAUGCAGAGUGUCCAGAACAAAAACACCAGCUACUUUGUCGAAUGGAUCCCGAACAACAUCCAAACUGCGCAUUGUUCGAUCCCGCCUCGCAACCUGAAGAUGUCAGCCACUUUCAUUGGCAAUUCUACAUCCAUUCAAGGGCUCUUCAAGCGCAUAGGCGAUCAAUUUACGGCAAUGUUUCGGCGUAAAGCGUUUCUGCAUUGGUACAUCGGUGAAGGCAUGGACGAGAUGGAGUUUACGGAAGCUGAGAGUAAUAUGAACGAUUUGGUGGCUGAGUAUCAACAAUACCAAGACGCGUCUGUGUCGGACGAGGAAGAAUAUGACGAGCAGGUUUUGGGUGAGGAAGAGUAA